AUGCUUCUGGCGAGGUUCGGCUUCCGGAGCCUCUGGCUUUGCUCGCUUAUUACUGGAGGUCGAUGUCGUCUCCACGUUCAGGAGUUGUUGCAAGCGAGCCCCCCCCCCUCGGCGGAGCUGUGUCCUACCCAGGCAAACCCGUUCAGCAACCCUCUAGUCGAACACACCUGCAUAGCCGAGAACCUACUCCAGUCUUCCUACCGCGACAACUUGGCGGGUAGCCCGAGUACUGACGCCUCGCCAAGUUCCAAGUCGGCUUGCAUCGCAGCGCCGGCUUCACUACUAGAGUACUGCAUCUAUACCUUCCCAGCAUUUGCCAACGGCCGAGGGAUUUCGAUCCUCGCCUCGAACGAGAGCAUUGCCGCUGUUGAAGAUGCGAUACACGCCAAUCCUGCUCCGCUCGUCUCUUCGGAUGCAAGCCAACCGCCGCAGUUCUUCGAGCAGGAGAUCGCCGGACGGGGGAAAGGGCUGAUUUGCAAUUCCACGAUCACGAGAGGAAGCUUGAUACUGGCAUCGACUCCGGUAUUUCUGAUACAAGAAUCUGCCAUGCGUCACCUGCCCGAGACGGAGAGGCUCUCGCUGCAGCGGGAAGCCGUAUCACGACUACCGCGGCGGUCCCAGAGCCUGUUCUACGACCUGGCGGGCCACUUCGGCGUGGACGAGACGGAAGACGUGCUGUUGACGAACGGCUUCAGCGCCGCGGUUGGGAAAUCGCAGCAUGGCUUCGGCAUCGUCGUCCCGGAAGCUGCGAGGCUGAACCACGACUGCAGACCGAACGCACGCUUCGCAUUUGACCGCACGUCUCUGACCCACCGGGUCCACGCCACGCGUGCGAUCCACCCGGGCGACGAGAUCACCGUCUCGUACAUCGACGGCAAGCAGGAUUUCGCGGCUCGGCAGGCUGUGAUCCACGCCCACUGGGGAUUCCAAUGCCGAUGCUCACUCUGCUCCGGCCCAGAGUCUCUCCGUGCGGAUUCAGAUGCUCGCCUUGCUCGCAUCGCUGUGCUCCGAGAACAGCUGCUUCCGUUUGACCCCGAGCGGUUGCGGGACGACAGCCUGGAAAAGGCCGCGGAGCUGGUCAGGCUGUACGAGGCGGAGAGCCUGAGUGGCGCGCUCGCAGAGGCAUACAUGGCAGCUGCUCUCUGGCAUUGCUUCGAGAAUAGGGAGGAGGAGACGAGAAACUGGGCCCUAAAAGCGGUGGAUCACUGGCUUGUCUGGGAGGGAUCUGGGAAGGAGAAUUUGGACCUGAUGAAGAGGCUGGGGCAGUAUCCAAAGGCACAGUGUCGAUGGGCGGUUCUACAGCUCGACAAAGCUGGUUCCUAUUACCGAUCAAAUCUUGACGCCUAA